GGAGUGAUGAGCAAAUUGGCAAAGAAUGGGCUUGCAAAACCAGCAGAGACAGCUGAUCUGAAUAGGGGAGCGCUAGUGGACCCCAGACCGUCAGCGGGGAGGUCAGCAUGGGACUGAUCUGGACCCCCCAAAUUGUUCUUGCAUCAGGAAGCUCUCACUAUUAUAUUCACUUCAGGAUUCAAGAAUGAGCUUGAGUCAUCACCAGUCAAGAAGCAGGGGAGGUUUAUCAUAUCUACCACCCUUCAUCAUGACCACACAGACCCAAAAUUUGCUCACAAGAUGUUCAAGAAAUAAAAACAUGCAAAACACAACAUCUGUUUCAGAAUUCCACUUCAUUCAACUCUCAGAGGAUCCAGACCUACAGCCUGUUCUCUUUGGCCUAUUCUUGUCCAUGUACAUCUUGGCCCUGUUUGGAAACCUGCUCAUCAUCCUGACAGUAAGCUCUGACGCCCAUCUCCACACACCUAUGUACUUCUUCCUCUCCAACCUGUCCAUGGUUGAUGUUGGUUUCAUCUCCACCACUGUUCCACGGCUGAUUGCGGACAUCCAGACUCACUGCCCAGUCAUCUCCUACAUGGGCUGCCUGAUACAGAUGUCACUGUUUGUAAUUUUUGCAUGUAUGGAUGACAUGCUUCUGGCUGUGAUGGCAUAUGACAGGUUUGUGGCCAUCUGCCACCCUCUGUAUUACCAGGUCAUUAUGAAUCCCAGUCGCUGUGGUGUCUUACUUCUAGGGUCAUUUAUCGUUAGUCUUCUGGAAUUACUGUUGCACUAUUUGGCAGUAUUAAAAAUUUCCAACUUUGGGAAAGAUAAUGUAAUUUCUAACUUCUUCUGUGGUUCUUCUGAAGUCCUCAAACUUGCCUGUUCUGAUAGUGUCAUCUGUAACAUAGUCAGAUAUUGUAUAAGCACCAUCUUUGGGUUACUUCCUAUUCCAGGAAUCAUUUUCUCUUACUUUAAAAUAGUUUCCUCCAUCAUGAGAUCAUCAUCAUCAAGUGGGAAGCACAAAACCUUCUCCACCUGUGGGUCUCAUUUGUCCGUUGUAUGCCUGUUUUAUGGAACAGCACUAGGAGUGUCCUUCAGCUCUUCUCUAUCACAUUCUCUAAGAAGUAAUGCAGUGGCCUCAGUGAUGUACACUGUGGUCACUCCUAUGUUGAAUCCCUUCAUCUACAGCCUGAGGAAUAAGGACAUUAAAACUGCCUUAAGGAAGAUUCUUAGCAGAAUGUCAAAUCAUUGACAUUCUUUAUAAAUUCACAUUUUAUAUCUAUUCAUUAAAUGUAUAUGUACAUCCCAGCUAAGGUGUCAACACAUUGUAAUUAACUGAUACUUCACAAUAUUGCAUGUGGUUAUUGACGCUGCAAUAUGGUGAUGGGCAGUUUUAGAAAUGAACAAAAAUUUGAAAUUGCAGAGAUGAAACUUUUCUAGGGAUGAUAGAUGCAGAUUUCUGAACAACUCCUUACAAUACAAGUGUAAUCAACACAUUAAAACUAUCAAAGGAGCCACAUUAAAGGGGCCAUUCUGCUGAAUUGUGUUUUAUAAAUGACAGAGUCCCAGACUUGUCAACCAGUGUGCCUGAACAGGGCCUGCACAAGAAAGACAUGAUUAAACAUGCCUAUGUGAAAGGGGAAAGAUUAGCAGGCCUCAUUCUUAGAGAAAGAAUUAUUUUUAAGUCCCUAAAUUAUUUAUUGAUUUGAUAAAUUGUAAUAUGUUACUAUUUUGUUGUGUAAUUUCUUCAGAUGAAUCAAUGUUUUAAAUUUAUUUUUUAAAAUUUCAUUUUACAUUGCAACCAAAAUUCUCAUUCCCACCUCUCCUCCUCCCCUUUCCUUUCUCAAGCCCACCCCAUAUCAAUUUCCAACAGGUAAAGUCUCCCAUGUGGAGUCUUCACA